GUUUCCGGGCGCGAGGGGUCGGCCGGGGCUGAUACAGGGACAGGGCAAGCAGAAGGUCGCCUUGCCGCGGGCUUCGGCCCCUCGCGCAGCCCGAAGCCCCUCCGCGGCCGCGGUGGACCCGCCUCGCCGUGCGGCGGUGGCGCCGGCUCGGAGGCUAGGCUAGGCGGGCGGAAGGAGCCGCUUCUCCGCCCGGCGCAUUCCUGAGGCCUGAGUCACGCCCGGCCCGGCCCGGCCCGCCUUCCGCGCCGGGCCGCCCUUCGGUCUCCAGGCCGGCUGCGCCGAGGCCGGCCCUCCUCGCUGAAUGGCCGCCCGGCCCGCGCUCCCUGGACGGCGCCGACUGCAGCGGCGGGGAGCCCCGGCCCCACGCACUCAAGGAUUGUGCAUUUGUAAAUAAAGCGCAUCCAUCAGAGAACACCCUGUUCUGGUGAGAGCGAAGCUGUAGCCACCCUGGGGCCGGGCUGCUAAGGAGGAAAAUGUCCGAGGUGCGCCAUGACAGCUCCAGCAGCUUGCAGAGGAAGAAGCCCCCCUGGCUGAAACUGGACAUCCCAGCCGCCCCGCUCCUGGCCACAGUGGAGGAACCAGCCACGCUCCAGCCCUUCAAGCGCGAGACCUUCUUCAGAAGCGUCAGCAUGCCCACUGAGAGCACCCUCUUCCCUGCUCCCUACAAUGAAGCCCGGCGGCCAGUCCUGCAGCGACAGACAUCCAUCACCCAGACCAUCCGGAGCAGACAGGUGCGCUUUGAGAGGACUCAAACCCUGCCUGUUCGGGGGCACCAGGUGGGCAGGAGGCCCCUGAGAAAGCGCCAGUCACUGCCCAGAACACUGCUGAGGGGCACAGCAGACUGGUUUGGGGUCAGUAAGGAGAGUGAUGCCACCCAAAAGUGGCAGCGGAAGAGCUUGCGCCACUGCAGCCUGCGCUAUGGAAAGCUGAAACCUCAGGCCCUCCGCGAAAUGGACCUUCCGAGCCAGGACAACAUCUCUCUGGCCAGCACAGAGACUCCACCGCCGCUCUACGUGCCCCCUUGCCCGCCAGGCAUGCAGAGAAUUGUUGAUCCCCUGGCCCGCGGACGGGCCUUCCGGAUGGCUGAGGACAGCGAUGGCUGCAGUGUGCCUCACACUCCGGCCACACCUGGAGCCACCUCGCUGUGCUCCUUCACCAGCUCGCGCUCCGGCUUCAGUCGCUGGCCUCGGCGGCGGAAAAGGGAGUCGGUGGCGAAGAUGAGCUUCCGAGCAGCUGCGGCAUUAGUGAAGGGCCGUUCCGUGAGAGAGGGCACGCUGCGCAGGACGCGACAGCGCAGCUUCACUCCAGCCAGCUUCCUGGAGGAAGACUUCACCAUGGACUUCCCAGAUGAGCUGGACACCUCCUUCUUUGCCAGAGAAGGGGUCCUGCCUGAAGAGCCCUCCACGUAUCCUGAUGAAGUUUUUGAGUCCCCCUCUGAAUCAGCUCUCAGGGUCCCUGAGACGAAGGACCCGCAGGCUCAGCCAGCCCUCACGGGUGGGGCCCUGGACCGGACUGAGCUGGAAAGAAGCCACCUGCUCUUUCCCCUGGAACGCGGCUGGCGGAAACAGAAGGAGGGGGCCUCGUUGCAGCCAAAGGUCCGCCUGCGGCAAGAGGUGAUCAGUCUGGGACUCCAGCGGCGUGGCCAGCGCAUCACCGUCCCUGUCCGCAAGCUCUUCUCCAAAGAGAAACGUCCCUAUGGCUUAGGCAUGGUGGGCCGGCUGACCAACCGGACUUACCGCAAGCGCAUCGAUAGCUUUGUGAAGCAGCAGAUUGAGGAUAUGGAUGACCACCGGCCAUUCUUUACCUACUGGGUCACCUUUGUGCAUUCCCUCAUCACCAUCCUGGCUGUGUCCAUCUAUGGAAUUGCCCCCGUGGGGUUUUCGCAGCAUGAGACAGUCGACUCGGUCCUGAGAAACCGCGGGAUCUAUGAGAAUGUGAAGUACGUCCAGCAGGAGAAUUUCUGGAUAGGCCCUAGCUCGGAAGCUCUCAUCCAUCUGGGUGCAAAGUUCGCCCCUUGCAUGCGACAAGACCAGCAGGUGCACAGUUUCAUCCGUGCGGCCCGUGAGAAAGAGAAACACUCCGCCUGCUGCGUGCGCAAUGACAAGUCAGGCUGUGUGCAGACAGCAGAGGAGGAGUGCUCCUCCACGCUGGCCGUAUGGGUGAAGUGGCCAAGUCACCCCAGCACCCCCUUGCUGGCUGGAGACAAGAGGAAGUUUGGCUCCGUGUGCCACCAAGACCCCAGGGUGUGCGAGCAGCCGGCCUCCAUGGACCCUCACGAGUGGCCCGAUGACAUCACCAAGUGGCCUAUCUGCACCAACAACAGCGCUGGGAACCACACAAACCACCUGCACAUGGACUGCGUGAUCACUGGGCGGCCCUGCUGUAUCGGCACCAAGGGAAGGUGUGAGAUCACCUCGCGGGAAUACUGCAUCUUCAUGCACGGCUAUUUCCAUGAAGAGGCCACUCUCUGCUCCCAGGUGCACUGCAUGGACGACGUCUGCGGCCUCCUCCCCUUCCUCAACCCCGAGGUCCCGGAUCAGGUCUACCGCCUGUGGCUGUCACUGUUCCUUCAUGCAGGGAUCCUGCACUGCCUUGUAUCCGUGUGCUUCCAGAUGACCAUCCUGCGUGACCUGGAGAAGCUGGCUGGCUGGCACCGCAUUUCCCUGAUCUACCUGCUGAGCGGCAUCACGGGGAACCUUGCCAGCGCCAUCUUCCUCCCCUACCGGGCUGAGGUCGGCCCAGCGGGCUCCCAGUUUGGCAUCCUGGCCUGCCUCUUUGUGGAGCUCUUCCAAAGCUGGCAGAUCCUGGCCCGGCCCUGGAGGGCCUUCUUCAAACUGCUGGCGGUCGUGCUGUUCCUGUUUGCCUUCGGCCUCCUGCCCUGGAUAGACAACUUUGCUCACAUCUGCGGCUUUGUCAGUGGCCUCUUCCUGUCCUUUGCCUUCCUCCCAUACGUCAGCUUUGGCAAAUUUGACCUGUACCGAAAGCGGUGCCAGAUCAUUGUUUCCCAGCUGGUUUUUGUGGGGCUGCUCUCUGGACUGGUGGUGGUGUUCUACUUCUACCCCAUUCGCUGCCAGUGGUGCGAAGUCCUCACGUGCCUCCCCUUCACCGAUAAAUUCUGCGAGAAGUACAACCUGGACACACAGCUCCACUGAGCUGGGAGCACCAUGAUCAACCCCCCGAGGUUACUUUCUGGACUGCCGGCUAGUUUUAAUUCUUGCUGAUGCCUAAGCUGCCUUGCCUUGGCGACUGGAACCUUUUCAGCCCACAGGAAGCUGGUGCCUUUUUCAAUGUUACUGAACCUUUUCUGCUGCCACAUUUUUAUCAUGCCAGUUUCAAAGUGGCUCUUUUCAUGAGGGUUGUCACUGGUUGCCCUGGUGGCGGUUAAAGAUAAAGGUAGCGUUUUAGCUACGUUUCCAUUAAGUUUGGGGGUGUAUCUGCGCCACAAUUGAGACUGCUGACAAAUGCCCCCAAAGCAAGGAGUGUAUUUUCUUAAUCCAGGGUUAGCCCAAACCCUAACAUACAAAAACUGUGCUUGGAAGAAUUCUAACAUGAAUUUAAAAUGAAAGACUGCCUGCGUUUGAUUCCA